AUUCCCUUCCUCAGAUCACAUUCCUCCGCCCGUCCCGCUCCCACCGCCAGCGCCAGCGGAGGCCCUAGUCUCCGGCUCCAACUAUUCCAACCAUCCCGGGAAGGGUGGGGCGCUCGGCUCUUGGGUCCCCCUCCGCCGCCCCCCUUCGUCGAUCUCCCCUUCUGCCCCGUCCCUCCCCUUCUGGGGUGGGGCCAGCCAAUGAGCGAUCAGACUACGGAGUUUGGCCGGGGAGCCGGGGAGCUCACCGAUCCCCCGCCCGGCAGUUCUGGCCGCUGUCCCGGUGCGCACGGACGUGGCUCGAGUUUCCUCUGCUCUCGGCUCUCGCCCGCUUGCUCUCCCCCCUUCCGCUCCUGCUUCUCUCCUGGUCUCCCGCUCCAGCUCCAGCUCCACCCGGCGGGCCACGCACGGCUCCGGGUAGCCAUGGAGGACCCCACGCUCUACAUUGUCGAGCGGCCGCUUCCCGGGUACCCCGACGCCGAGGCCCCGGAGCUUUCCUCCGCUGGGGCGCAGGCGGCGGAGGAGCCGUCGGGGGCCGUCUCAGAAGAGCUGAUCAAGUCGGACCAGGUGAACGGCGUCCUGGUGCUGAGCCUCCUGGACAAAAUCAUCGGGGCCGUAGACCAGAUCCAGCUAACCCAAGCACAGCUGGAGGAGCGACAGGCGGAGAUGGAGGGCGCCGUGCAGAGCAUCCAGGGCGAGCUGAGCAAGCUAGGCAAGGCGCACGCCACCACGAGCAAUACGGUGAGCAAGCUGCUGGAGAAGGUGCGCAAGGUCAGCGUCAACGUGAAGACCGUGCGCGGCAGCCUGGAGCGCCAGGCGGGGCAGAUCAAGAAGCUGGAGGUCAACGAGGCUGAGCUGCUGCGGCGCCGCAACUUUAAAGUCAUGAUCUACCAGGAUGAAGUUAAGCUGCCGGCCAAAGUGAGCAUCAGCAAAUCGCUGAAAGAGUCGGAGGCGCUGCCAGAGAAGGAGGGCGAGGAGCUGGGCGAGGGCGAUCGGCCCGAGGAGGACGCAGCGGCCCUGGAGCUGUCGUCGGACGAGGCGGUGGAGGUUGAGGAGGUUAUCGAGGAGUCGCGCGCUGAGCGCAUCAAGCGCAGUGGCCUACGGCGCGUGGACGACUUCAAGAAAGCCUUCUCCAAGGAGAAGAUGGAGAAGACCAAGGUGCGUACCCGCGAGAACCUGGAAAAGACGCGCCUCAAGACCAAAGAAAACCUGGAGAAGACGCGGCACACCCUGGAGAAGCGCAUGAACAAGCUGGGCACGCGCCUGGUGCCCGCCGAGCGGCGCGAGAAGCUGAAGACGUCGCGGGACAAGCUGCGCAAAUCCUUCACGCCCGACCACGUGGUGUACGCGCGCUCCAAGACCGCGGUCUACAAGGUGCCGCCCUUCACCUUCCACGUCAAGAAGAUCCGCGAGGGCCAGGUGGAGGUGCUCAAGGCCACCGAGAUGGUGGAGGUGGGCGCCGACGACGACGACGAGGGCGGCGCGGAGCGCGGGGAGGCCGGCGACCUGCGGCGCGGGAGCAGCCCCGACGCGCACGCGCUGCUGGAGAUCACCGAGGAGUCCGACGCCGUGCUGGUGGACAAGAGCGACAGCGACUGAGCCGCCCCCGCCGCCACCCACCCCAUUCCUCGCUCCUUCCGAACUUCCUCUGUCGCAUUCUCUCUCGGCCCCGAACUGGCUGAUAUUUUUCUAAAUUGAAAACACGGCCCCGCCCCAACACCUCCAGGAUCUCCCCUCCCAGUCUUAGAGCUGUUAGGACCCGAUGGAGAGGCAGCCCCCGCAGUGGACAGCCCCCGCUUGGACACAGUCCGGGUGGAAUGGGAAGGGAAUGGGCGAUCCCUGUCCUGGUUAUCCAAGCCGGGAUCUCAGAGGAAAUUGUAGUGAUUCCACAGUUAGGCCCCUCUGGGGGGGCUGCCUUCCCCUCAGCCUCUCCUCACACCACCCACCCAGCUGCUGUCAUUCCGCUCACUGAGCUCUUCAUUCUCACCCUGACCCUGGGGGACUCAAAGCCAAAACUGCCCAAAGAGAAAAGAUUGAAUCCUAAAGGGGAUCCUUGCCCCCAUGGGAGGCCCCCUACUGGAAGGAUGUGAAAGCAGCUUUGGGGUGAAACUGAGGCAGUGGGGAAGAGAGCAGAAUGAGCCCUCACCCUGGCUGGAGGUCCAGCACAGGCUGUAUCUGCAGAGGGACCCAGAGGAACGCUGGAGCCAAGAGAAGCCCUGGAAAGGAGGGGUGGGGAACGACAUGUGAGGGAUGGCACACUGAUGUGUUUAUGCACCUGUACACAGGAGCACAUGGCCAUGGCUUUGGAAAGGAGAAUGGGAAAAUAGGAGAAGGUUGGCCAGGCUCGGUGGCUCAUGCGUGUAACCCCAGCACUUUGGGAGGCCCAGGUGGGCAGAUCACCUGAGGUCGGGAGUUCGAGACCAGCCUGGCCAACAUGGCAAAAACCCAUCUCUACUAAAAUUACAAAAAUUAGCCCGGGAUGGUGGUGCAUACCUGUAAUCCCAGCUACUUUGGAGGCUGAGGUGGGGAGAAUUGCUUGAACCCGGGAGGUGGAGGUUUCUGUGAGCCAAGAUCGCACCACCGCACUCCAGCCUGGGUGACAGAGUGAGACUCUAUCUCAACAAAACAAAAAAAAAAGGAAACUAGGAGAAGGUGGAAAUGGGUGAAGAGGGAAGUCCCCUCACUAGCUGCAUGAGAAGUCCAUCUUACUGUGGUUCUCCAUGGGCAGCAGGACCAUUUUUCAGAAUCAAGAGGGAGGACAGUGUGAGAAGGCGGUGAUCCAAAGAGGACAAAGAGGUCAGCCCCACCCGAUCCCUCAAAUGGGCUCUCGGAGGCGCCCCCAGGGGCAGCCCAUUUCUCAAAGUCCAGAAAAUUAGGGUCCCAGAAGGGGGCAGCAGCAGGCUGGGAAUUAGGAGGGAGAGCAAGGUGCUGGCCCUGCCACCAAGUUCACUCCUGGUUCACUCCUGCCAGUUUCUUCUCAAGCUCCUUCCCUAGCUGGGCAUGGUGGCACGUGCCUGUGGUCCCAGCGACUCGGGAGGCUGAGGAGGGAGGAUCGCCAGAGCCCAGGAGUUUGAGGCUGCAGUGAGCUCUAAUGGUGCCUCUGCACUUCAUCCUAGGCAACAGAGCAAGACGCUGUUUAAAAAAGAAAAAAAUCCUUCCCUAGAGCUAGAAUCCUAAAGCUGCAGAGCUAGCCAAGGCCUCACUGGUUUCCUUGUCCUUGGGGUGCCUUUCCUGAAUCUUUGGGGGUGAAGGGAGUAUUGCUCCCAGUCCAGAGGCCUGAUUCUGUUCAGACCAGGUUCUCAAGACAGGAGUCCCUUUGUUCCUCCCCAUUAAACGGGGUUUGUCAGAAGCAAGAACAGCCCCUCUCCCCAGUCACAGCCUGAAGGGAGGCCUCGAGGGCUUCCUCCUUCCCCCACCUGCUCCUUACCUUCUCUGCCCUGCUUUUUAGAACUGCAGCUCACUGUUUUAAGGGAUUGGGGGAGGGAGCCUGGGGACACAAACCUUUUAUACAAUACAAAGCUUUGCUUUUUUUUUUUUCUUUUUUCCUUUCUUUUCCUUUUUGGUUGUCUUCUCUGAAUGGUUGAAGACCCCUCUGCUGAGGGAGGCUGGGGAUUGUGGGACAAGGUCCCUUGGUGCUGAUGGCCUGAAGGGGCUUGAGCUGUGGGCAGAUGCAGUUUUCUGUGGGCUUGGGGAACCUCUCAUGUUGCUGUGUCCUGGUGAGCAGCCCGACCAAUAAACCUGCUUUUCUAAAAGGA